AUGACUCCCAGUGUCAGCCUGCUGCUGCUGCUCUUGCUCGGCCUCUCACAGGCUCAUCCUCUCCAGGAGGAGGUAAUGGAAGAAGACGUUCCUAAGAACACCAUGGAUAUUUCAACCAGGAUUCUGGCCUCAAACAACGCCAUAGAUGAGAUACAUGAGGAGGAAAUUGAAGAAGAAGUUCCCGAGGGCACCAUGGACAUCACCACCGGGAUUCUGACCUCAAACAAUGCCACAGAUGAGAUCCUGCUGGAAGGAGACCUGGUCGCUCCGAGAACCCGGAACGCCAUGAAGUGCUGGUCUCAGAAGUGCCUGUGGAGGAAAGCCUCAAACGGUCAGGUGGUGAUCCCCUUCACCCUGAGCAGAGAGUUCAGCAGCAUGGAGAGGCAGAAGAUCGACCGUGCCAUGAAAGCCUUCCAAAGAAGGACCUGCAUCCGCUUCGUCCCCCGUCAGAACCAGCGCGACUACAUCAGCAUUGAGAACAGAGGCGGAUGUUUCUCCUCUCUGGGCAGAGUGGGAGGCAGACAGGUGCUCUCUCUCAACAGGGGGGGCUGUGUCCAAAACGGAAUCAUCCAGCAUGAGAUCAACCACGCUCUGGGCUUCAACCACGAGCAGACCAGGAGCGACCGCGACAGAUAUGUCAGGAUCAACUGGGGGAACAUCAACCAGGGGAUGGCCUACAACUUCUACAAGAAGGACACCAACAACCUGAACACUCCCUACGACUACUCCUCCAUCAUGCACUACGGAAGAACAGCCUUCGCCAUCCAACGGGGGAGGGACACCAUCACCCCCAUCCCCAACUCCAACGUCCGGAUCGGCCAGAGGCAGGGCAUGUCCUCCUUGGACAUCAUGAGAAUCAACAGGUUCUAUAGCUGCUAA